AUGCCCUCUGAAGAAACAAAGGAACGCAUUACCAAGGUCGUAGACGUCGCUCGUACGGUACUCCACUAUGGCUGGAUACCACUCAUCAUAUACAUUGGGUACACGAGGAGCUCGCCUCAACCGACGGUCAUCAAGUGCGUCCUGUGUUUUUGUUUUUCGAUGAAUCGUUUUUUCUCAACUCUUGUUAUUGUACAGACUGCUAAGUCCGCUCGCGUGACGACACACGGUGGCAGACCUACCAUUCCAGGCACAUGCUUUUUCCAUCGACAAUGCACCCAUGUAUCAUAUAACCUCCCUAAUACACUAAAACUAUACGCGCUCUCCCAGCUCUGUCAUUGGCAUUCAUGGUAUUGUGACACGCGAAAACUUAAGAGAGAUUGA